ACACAAACUUUUCAACAAAAAAGUUCAUACAGAGAGAGAAUGGUACUACAUGGAGAGUCUUGCGGGAAGUUCGACAUCAAGUCUCCGGCGGAAAAAUUCUUUAUAUCUUUCACCGACGACAUAAACAGCACUUUUGACAUAAUAUCGAAGGAGAAGAUCACCGAGUCGGUGGGUUGGGAGAAAAAAACAGUGACGCUGAGUCUGAGUGGAAAUCUAGUCUCGGAUAGCUACGAUAUGUUCAAAGCAACCAUCACAGUCACUCCUAGGGAAGACGAUGCCGACGGUGGUCACGUGCUGUGGACCGUCGAGUUCGAGAAGACUCGCCAUGAUGUCGAAGAUCCAGUGUGGAUAAUCGACAUUCUUAUCAGUUACUUAAAGGAGACCGAUGAAAAUCUUAGUAAUAUAUAGUUUUUUUUUCUAAAUCACAAGGUUCGUCUUUAUAUAUAUAGGAUAUAAUCUAACAAUUUCAUUGAAAUGGAACCUAAAUAUGUAUUUAUGUUUAUUGCAGUACCUUUUAUUACGUUCGGCAUAUUGGGGGUGUAUAAACUUUUAAGGUUUUCAAGAUGAAUGAUAUAUCGAUUUGCAUAUUAUUGUUAUAAUUUUGCCCGUUUUUGUGAACCCAU